GCUUCUGUGGGGACAGGACGGGAGUGUCAGCGCCCAGAAUCGGCCCCGGCCCGGACGCCCAGGGCAACAACUCUAACUCAGAGGAACUCACCAUGCCGGCGGUGACGCGAGGAAAAACGCAACGCGAGCAGAACCGGAAGAGGCUUUGGCACCACUUCCGGAUUACGGGUAUCCGCCCCUUCGUUCCCGGAAGUGGAGAGGAGCGGCGUUGCCAUGGCGGCGACCCUGGGGCAGGUGCUGGCUCUGGUGCUGGUGGCCGCUCUGUGGGGUGGCACACAGCCGCUGCUGAAGCGGGCCUCCUCGCACCUGCAGCAGGUUCAUGAGCGGACCUGGGCCCGGCAGUUGCUGCAGGAGACGAAGACCCUCUUCCUGAAUACUGAGUACCUGAUGCCCUUUUCCCUCAACCAGUGUGGCUCCCUUCUCUACUACCUCACCUUGGCAUCAACAGAUCUGACCCUAGCUGUGCCCAUCAGUAACUCUCUGGCCAUCAUCUUUACACUGAUUGUUGGGAAGGUCCUUGGAGAAGAUAUUGGUGGAAAACGAGCAUUCGCAGGCAUGGUGCUCACCGUGGCAGGAAUUACACUCUGCAUCACAAGCUCAGUGACCAAGACCCAGGGGCAACCAUCUACGCCUUGAGUGGACCAAGGCCACCCUCCGGCUCUGCUGUCUCCAGGAAGCCCCUGGGCCAUGAGGUAGAGGCAGUGAGCAUGCGGACUUAGCCCUCCCACCCCCCUCCACCCCCCAGCCUCAGCUUCCUCAUCUCUUGGGAUAAUAGCUACCUCAUGGAUCGUAGUAAGAGAACAAAAGUGAAAGGGUUUUGUAACUUCCACGUGCUGUUCACCUGCUCGGAUUUAGCACAAGAGACUUCACACUCACCCUCACCCUCAGCAACCUUUCUGCCCCAGCAGCACUCUUUCUGCUGUCAUGUCAGGCCCCAGGCCCCCAGGCCUGCCACUGUUCCUGUGCCUGACCCAGACUAUCCCAGCAGCUGGUUGGUGGACCGCAGAACUCCAGCUGCAAGAAGAGAGCCAGCUAC